AUGAGAGUCUCAGGCCAGAGUAUCAUAGCCAUAUCUCUAUUCACACUCUCACUCUACAUCCAUCGUGUUCAAGCCCGUCCCUUCGUUCUCGUUCUCUCCAACGAAGAUCUCAACGGAGGUUUUAAUGAUAACGGCGCCUACGAAUCCUCCGAUUUCGAUGAGUUUGGUGAAUCCGAACCCAAAUCCGAAGAGGAGCUUGAUCCCGGUUCAUGGCGUCGAAUCUUCGAGACAAAUGAGUCCACCGUCCACGCCUCUGCGUCGCCGCAGUAUUACUCCGGACUCCACAAAAUUCUCUCGGCUGCGAGUGAAGGAAACACUACAUUGAUGGAGGAAGCGGUUUCAGAGAUAGAUUCGUCUGCCUCGUCAGGAGAUCCACACGCACAAUCAGUGAUGGGGUUCGUAUACGGGAUUGGGAUGAUGCGUGAGACGAGCCGAAGCAAAUCGAUUUUGCAUCAUCAUUUCGCGGCUGCGGGAGGAAAUAUGCAGUCUAAAAUGGCACUUGCUUUUAGAUAUCUAAGACAAAAUAUGUAUGAUAAAGCUGUUGAGUUAUAUGCUGAACUAGCAGAGACAGCAGUGAAUAGCUUUUUGAUAUCCAAGGAUUCUCCAAUGGCUGAGCCAGUUAGAAUCCACAUUGGAACAGAGGAGAAUAAAGAUGCACUAAGGAAGUCACGAGGGGAGGAAGAUGAGGAUUUUCAGAUAUUGGAAUACCAGGCAGAGAAAGGGAAUUCUGUAGCAAUGCACAAAAUUGGACUGUUUUAUUACUUUGGUUUGAGAGGAUUAAGGCGUGAUCACGCUAAGGCGUUGUAUUGGUUUUCGAAGGCGGAGUUUAAUGGCCUUGGUUACUUGUAUGUCAAAGGCUAUGGAGUAGAUAAGAGAAACUACACUAAGGCGAGAGAAUACUUUGAGAUGGCUGCUAAUAAUGAAGAUCCUAGCGGGCAUUAUAACCUUGGAGUGUUGUAUCUUAAAGGCACUGGAGUCAAGAAGGAUGUGAGGCAUGCAACCAAAUAUUUCUUUGUUGCUGCCAAUGCUGGUCAACCAAAGGCUUUUUAUCAACUCGCCAAGAUGUUCCAUACAGGCGUUGGACUUACAAAGAACUUGGAAAUGGCGACAACUUUUUAUAAGCUAGUAGCAGAAAGAGGACCAUGGAGUUCUCUCUCUAGAUGGGCUCUUGAAGCUUACUUGAAAGGUGAUGUGGGAAAGGCUUUUAUAUUGUAUUCGAGAAUGUCAGAGCUCGGUUAUGAAGUAGCACAAAGUAAUGCUGCCUGGAUCGUCGAUAAAUACGGGGAAAGAAGCAUGUGCAUGGGAGUGUAUGGGUUUUGCACAGAUAAGGAGAGGCACGAUCGGGCUCAUUCUUUGUGGUGGCGUGCCUCUGAACAGGGAAACGAACAUGCUGCAUUGCUUAUUGGAGAUGCAUAUUACUACGGUCGGGGUACAGAGAGGGAUUUCGUGCGUGCAGCAGAGGCGUACAUGUAUGCUAAAUCUCAAUCAAAUGCGCAAGCAAUGUUCAACCUCGGUUACAUGCAUGAGCAUGGAGAAGGUCUUCCUUUUGAUCUCCAUCUUGCUAAACGUUACUACGACCAGGCCCUCCAGAGCGAUACUGCUGCCAAAUUGCCCGUCACGCUUGCUCUUGCGAGUGUAUGGGUCCGCAGAAACUAUGCUGAUACUGCCCUGGUGCAAGUACUGAAUUCCUUACCAGAAGUGCAUCAAAAGGUGGUGGAAUGGGUAGAGAAUGGGAUGUUGGAAGAAGGUAAUGCGACCAUACUAACUCUUUUCCUUUGUCUAAUAACCGUUAUAUAUCUCCGGGGGAGACAACGUAGACAAGUGGUUUUGGAUCCCGUUGGUGCUAACGUGGCACAGCCCCUCGCUGCCCCAGUAGCAUUUCCCCAGUAAUGGCUGAACCAGAUGAAUCAAGAGAGCACACAAUCACCAGAGAGCCCAGAAAUUUUCUGUACAGGUUCCAACUUAGUUCCAUA